AUGGCAGUGGAAAGAGAUUUGGACAAAGGGGGCUGCACAUUAGGAAGACCCUCUGUGCAUUCGAAGAACAGGAAGAUGAGCAAGGAGGAGAGUAAUGCCAAGCCAGGUUCAAGUGGAGCAUGGAAUGAAACUUGCAAAAACUGGCUGGCAGCAGAGGAUGCCCUGGAAAAGUACUACCUUCCCAUUUUUUAUGGGAUUGAAUUCAUUGUGGGAAUCCUCGGGAAUACCGCUGUUGUUUUUGGCUACCUCUUCUGUCUGAAGAAUUGGAACAGCAGUAACAUCUAUCUCUUUAACCUCUCCAUCUCUGACUUAGCUUUUUUAUGUACCCUUCCCAUACUGAUGAGUAGUUACGCCAAUAGAAACUGGAUCUACGGAGAUGUGUUAUGCAUAAGCAACCGGUAUAUGCUUCAUGCCAACCUCUACACCAGCAUUCUUUUCCUCACUUUUAUCAGCAUAGAUCGAUACAUGCUCUUAAAGUAUCCUUUCCGAGAACACCUUCUGCAAAAGAAAGAGUUUGCUAUUUUAAUCUCUUUGGCCAUUUGGGUUUUAGUAACCUUAGAGUUACUGCCCAUAGUUCCUAUUAUAAACCCUGUUAUAACUGGCAGCGACAAAACCUGUAAUGAUUUUGCAAGUUCUGGGGACCCCAAAGACAGCCUCAUUUACAGCAUAUGUCUAACCUUGUUGGGAUUCCUCAUACCUCUUUUUGUGAUGUGCUUCUUUUAUUACAAGAUCGUUCUCUUCCUAAAGCAGAGGAACAGGCAGAUUGCUACUGCAGUGCCCCUUGAAAAGCCUCUCAACUUAGUCAUCACGGCAGUGGUGAUCUUCUCUGUGCUUUUUACACCCUACCACAUCAUGCGGAAUGUGAGGAUCGCUUCCCGCCUGGGGAACUGGAAGCAGUACCAGUGCACUGAGGUCGUCAUCAGCUCCCUAUACAUUGUGACUCGGCCUUUCGCCUUUCUGAACAGUGUCAUCAACCCUGUCUUCUACUUUCUUAUGGGAGAUCACUUCAGGGAGAUGUUGGUGAAUAAACUGCGGCACCACUUCAAAUCCUUCCCAUCCUUCAGAUGAGCUUGCGAACUCACAUUUGUAUUCAGAGAAAAGGGAGAUGCUUAUGAAACAGUUGUUUAAGAAAUGCCACUCCAAGCCUGUUAGAACUUGUUUUAAUCCUUAAACACAAAUCAGAGAGUGUCACAGAUCUGACCCUGAUUUAUGACAAGUUGUACUCAGAGUAUGUGAAAAGAAUGGGAUGAGGAGAAUGUAUUGGUUUCUUCACCUAAGAAUUGAAAGGAAUUGAACUAGCACUACUUAAUAUUUGGUCUGUAAGUCCUAGGUUUUAUAAGACCUUCUCAAUCAGUGCAAAAGGAAUAGAAGAUAGCAGCAAAUUAUCUGCGUUUAAUCAGCGGUCAGAUUGUAAAAAAAAAAAUUAUUUUGACAACAUUCUUGAUGUUAUUGUUACUCAUACGGUCCUAAAACUUUAUGUGAGAAUUCAAUAGCAGAAGAUGAAACACACGCUGGUAAAUAUUAUUUUUAGAGGUUGUGCUCUUGAGCAAAUUUAAAAUAAACAGUAACAAUGAGUAAGAAAGCAAUAUAAUGAGUUCAAGGAUACCUAUGUCAUAUUUGUUUAUAUCAUGAAUUGGAUCAUGAAUUGGAGUCAACUUGUAAUUCAUCAGUCUUUUUUUGUUGCAUGGCUUAU